CCCCCCCGCAUUGUGUAGCUGAUAGAUCUUGAGUUGUUGUGCAAGAGCUGCUUAAGUGACGGCCGCCCAGAACAACAACAAAACCUACCGUGUGCUUCCGUGCAAAACCCCCUACCGAGAGAGAGAGAGAGAGAGGAAGAGUGUGGGUGAGCGAGAGUAGGGGGUGUGAGAAAUAAAAAAAGAAAUAGUAAACAACAAUCACACACACAGACAAGAAUAUGAGUUUCUUCAGCUCGCUACAGCAGUACGUGACGAGUGGAGUGGCCGGGCUGGGGUUAAACCCACGACGGUUUUCCCUUUCGCGCCAGGAAUCGGCCGAAGGUUCGUCCGGCCUGUCCGGCGGUCACUCGUCCUCGUCGUCCUCCGUCACCUCACCGUACGGUGGCGUUUCGGGUGGGAUGGGACACAGCCCCGGUCCGAGCCCGGGAGGACCGGGUAGCAGCGGCCAGGGCAUGGGUGGCAGUACCGGAUCCGGUGGCAGCGGUAGUGGAGCGACCGGUGGCGGAUCAUCCGGCAUGAUGGGAGGCACAUCGGCAGCGGCAGGAACGUCCCUCGGAUACGGCAAGGUGGCAACACCUUCAACGCUUGCCGCACCGGGCACACCGCCAAUACGACGCCAAUCGUCGGGCCGCGGGCUGGAUGCGCUCGUGCCGCCGCCCCGCCAGGGUUCGUUCCGUGGCCGCAGCUCACCGAUCAAUCCCAACCCACCGGACAAGCCGUCGUUUUCCGUGUGGAAGCGGCGCCCGUCCUGGCCCGAGGUGGAAAUUAAGUCGUCGUCCGGUGUGCAGGAAAAUGAUGGUUCCUACUUCGAAAGCUUCACUGCCCUGUCGUGGAAGAGCGAAAACCGGCGCAUGUCCGCGGUGCGGGCGGUGGAGACGCGGGCCGAAAUACUGCCGGAGAAUGACAACGACCGGCUGCUGGAGGACGACAUCGAGCGGUCGGAGCAGAAGGAGCAUCUCUACCUGGACGUGCUGUACGCGAUUGCAAAUACGGUCGGCGCACCGGCACCGGGUGGACAGAAGCGUCUUAAAUUUGCACACUACAAAGAGGAGAUGUACCUUCAGGCGCAGCGCGUGUUCAACGUGUCGGCCGACCGGCACUACCGGCUGCUGCAUGCCGCCACCGAGGAGAAGCCCAAAAUCAUCGUGCUCACCGUGAUCGUGCAGGAAGCGGAAGGGCUCGAGGCAAAGGACGCCAACGGUUUCAGCGAUCCAUACUGCAUGCUCGGCAUUCAGCCGUCCGGUACACCGCCUCCCCCCUCGCCCCAACCACCGAUGACACCGCGGACCCUGUCCGACACCGGCAUGGACAGUCUGGAUUCGCCCGAGCACGGCAAGCUGCGCAAGCAUCACAGCUUUCGGCUGAGCUUCAAGCGCAAGGACGGCCGCCAGCAGCGGGACUCGGUCGGCCCGGUGCCGGCCAAGUUCAUCCGCGCGACCUCGGUCAAACCGCACACGCUGUGUCCGAAGUGGAACGAGAAGUUUAAAUUUGACAUCGACGAUAUACAUUCGGAUCAGCUCCAUCUGGACAUAUGGGACCACGACGACGAGAGCAGCGUGCUAGACGCUGUAUCGCGACUGAACGAAGUGAGGGGCGUUAGGGGUUUAGGUAGAUUUUUCAAACAGGUGUGCCAAUCGGCACGGCAAGGCUCGCAGGACGACUUCCUCGGUUGUAUCAAUAUUCCAGUCUGUGAUAUACCUUCAACUGGCCUGGAGGGUUGGUUCAAGCUGGAGGCACGCAGUUCGCGCAGCUCGGUCCAGGGGCGCAUCCGGCUGAAGAUGUGGCUCUCCACGCGGGAGGACCGCGGCACGUCCGAGGAGGACAACACGCUCGAGGUGAAAAAGUUCGAACGGCUGCAGACAAUCUUCAUGAUGCAUGAGCUGACUGUGUUCGAUCCGGCCUGGAAGUGGACCGGCGAGCUAGCCGGCCCGUCGCUUACCAUCCUUCACCAGAUGGCUGUGCAAAGUGAUCUAUCGGAUCUACAAAUUUCGUUAGCAAAAUUGGUAGCUAUCAUACGAAUCAAUCGCAAGAAACCGCUCGACACCAAGUUCAUCCACCGGCAGCUGAUCGAGGUGGACAAGCUGUGGAUCAACAACUACAACAACGAACCGCUGACGCGCGAGCUGGAACAGUGGCUGGCCGAUUCGCUCAACGGGUUCGUCGAGCGGUCGCUCUGCCAGAUGCGCCGGCAUCGGGAGAUCUUCCCCGCCCUGCAUCCACCGUCGCUCGUGCGGCUCGAGUAUCUGCUGCGCUGUCUCGGGCUGCUCGGCUCGAUGCGCGCCUUCCGCCAGGUGAGCCCGUUCAGCAAAGGGGUGCGGGGCGAGAUUGUCGGUGCGUUGCGCAAGGGUUCGAUUACCUGGUCGCAGGCGCAGCUGCGCGAAUCGCAACGCUCGCCGAACCCGCUGGUGCACUACACGACGAUCCUGAUUGCGGACCUGCAGCUGGGCGUUACGUACUACCACGGGCUGUUCGAUUCGACCAACGGCAUCCAGUACUUUAGCAUCGUUUACAAGCAGUUCGAUUCAUUGCUUUCGGAGGAAGUCACCAACCGGAUCGAGUGUGGCCAACUACCCGGCACGAUAGUGAACCACUGGACCAUACUAGAUCACGACCGAGAGCCCGACACAGCACCGUUCGAGAUCUACUUCGCCCUGCAGGAGUUCCACAACCUAAAAUCGCACCUGUCCGUCACACCGCAGCCACCGGAGAAGCCGCUCGGGCUGCAGAACUUCCACGAGUGGUUCGAGCCCGCCGUACAGCGAUGGAUUUCCGUCAGCAAAACCAAGGCGAUCCAGCGCAUCAAGGCGGCCGUCAGCGUGGAUCAGGUGUGCGAGGGCGAGUGCAUCGUGCGGCACAGCACGUCCUCGAUCGAUACCGCUUCCUGCUUCUACCAGAUACGCGAGUUUUGGAAAAACCUAGCCUGGCCCGACCACAGCUCCGGUGCGCACUACGAGACGCUCAUCAUCGAUCUCGUCUGCACGACGGCCAACGUGUACUCGGACCUGAUCCACCAGGGGCUGGCGGACGGUGGCUCCGGUGGCUACUACGACAACAAGCAGGGACAGCAGCAGCAGCCCCGCUCCACCGACGAGCUGUGCGUGGUCGUGAACAAUCUCGAGUACGUGCGCCGUGGGCUGGCCGAGUUCCAUCCCGAGACGCACCAGCUGCCGGAAAAUGCGGAAACCCUGCUCGACAACACGAUCGCCCAGCUGGAAGCGAAAGCGGACCGCGUGCUCACCAAGCUGACCGCCUCGAUGCAGGGCCCGCUGCAAAAGUCCGUGUUUCAUCUGGCCUGGUCGCCGGAUUCGCUGCCCGCCAAUCAGGCCGUGAUGCCGCUGCUCGAGUAUCUCGAUUCGCAUCUGGCGACGCUCAAUGUGACGCUGCUGUCGCAAAACUUUUACCGCGCCAUGACACUGAUCUGGAACAGCGUGCUGACCGAGUUCGCCAAGCAGAUGGAUGCCGGCGGGGAGGGCGAAAAGCCGACCAACUUCCACGACCGCAUGUACGGAGCGCUGCAGCUGCUCGGGGAGUUCUUCAACGCGGAGGGGCUUGGCCUGCCGCCGGAGAUACUGCACAGCGACACGUUCUGGCGGGUGGAGCAGCGGCUGCAGUACCACAAAACCGACACCGACCAUCUGAUCGAUCUGUUCUACAUGCAGCGGCUGCAGGAGCAGCUGAACACGAUCGGGCAGACGUCGCUGGGGUCGCUUUCGGUCAAGGCGUACCUCAACCACGAUUCGCUCUGCGUGGAGAUACUGCACGCGAAGGAUGUGAUCCCGCUCGAUCCCAAUGGUUUCAGCGAUCCGUUCGUGAUCAUCGAGCUGCUGCCGCGGAGGGUGUUUUCGCACUGCUCCGAACAGCAGACCAACGUGCAUAAGAAAACGCUCAACCCGGUGUUUGACGAGUGUUUCGAGUUUUCCGUCACCCAGGAACAGUGCCAAACCGAGGCGGCCAUGAUCGUGUUCACCGUGAUGGAUCACGACGUGCUGACGGCAAACGAUUUCGCGGGCGAAGCAUUCCUGGCGCUGAACAACAUCCCGGGAGUGGCCACCAACUUUAACAUCGACAACUUUAACGGGCUGGCCCAGAUCGAUCUUCCGCUGCUCGAGAUGAAGGAUAAAAAUCAUCCGAUACUGCAAAUUCUUGAAGGGCGAGUCAAUGACAAAAAUGCGAUGGAUUUUCUACGCAAGCAGAAGGCUCGUGUCGUUGGUUAAAAUGCUACAUGCUGAUCGCAGGAAGGAAGAAAAGCUUCAACCCAAGAAAAACUAAAAUCUAUGAGGCAUACUUGCACGGAUCUUGAUCCAAAUUAGAGCUCAACAAUACACGACGCACAGGAAAAAAACAAACACAGGAAACGAAAACACUGGAUGCAGAGCAUCGUUCAGCAACUCCCGUAACCACAUGGAUAGUGAUGGUAUGAUAGAUCGCAACAUUUACGCAUAUGGUAGAGAAUUUAUAUAUAUACACAAUCAAGAAAAAACACACAUACAUGUUAGAUUGCACCCGAACAGCAGUAGUAAGACUCUCGUAAGACUUGUACGUUCACAUCGCAAAUUACUCAUCGUUAGCGCAUCGUUCCUUGUGUUUCUAUGAUAGCCAACCAUUGCCUUCUAACAAAAACAAAAACUAAACCCUUACUUAAGUAGAAAGCUGUGCAGUAGUUUAGAUGUAUAUACCCCGCGUAGCACGUUGAAAAAGCACAAAAUCUUGUUCCCCCCGCAUUCCCCUCCAUGCUGGAGUCGAAAUCUGAAUGUCGAUCGUCAAACUCAAACUUUCAAACUACGAAGAGAUAGAUCCCGAGGCAGAGAAGAGAAGACGAACGGUUUGUGUGACUGUGAGUAUCAGUCAGUGGGUGGUCGGUGUACGUACCCGUGUUCCGAUGCCUCUUUAUAAAUACCUACUUUAGCUUACUAAUGACACUACUAGGGAAAAACAACCACAAAACAAAACCUGUAUUUUUAACGAUAUGAAACGUACAACUAUUGACAACGUAAGACUAUCUCAUGAAAGAAAACAGAAAACCCACAAGCGUAACAGAUGUAUCAGGACGCGCAGAACUCGUGCAUCCAAAUUAAAGAGAAGAAGAAAACACCCUCCCCCAAUGCUUUCAUUCGUGGGCCAGAACCUUUGGACAGUUUAUAAAAAAAAACAAGAGCGAGACAAAUUACAGUGAAAUAAGGAUGGGGAAGAGAUCAAGUAUCAAUCAAUUAUAGAGCCAUUAUAGGUGAUGACCGCCAACCCAAUAUUCCAUCUAUCUAUACAAACUCAUAACAACUCUUUGUAAGGAACAUUAUACACAUUAUCAAAGGAUGGUCGCUAUCUUCUACAGUGCGCAGCACUGCACCGCGCUGUAAACUAACUAAACUAUAAAACGGCGUUUGCCAACGUAAAUGUAAAGCAACCUACGAAUGAACACUGAUAGGACACACUACGCUGAAUGAUAGCUGCAUGAUGAAUGGUGAUGAACGAUCGCGCUGAUGAGUGAAUGGGUUGUAUUCCAAAUUCAUCGAGUAAAUGACCAACGAGAGAGAGAAAGAGAGAGCGCGAAUGGUAGAACAGAGGUAGAGAAGGGAAAAGAAACUAAAGCAAAUGGAAGGACGUAACUUUUAAGCUGUAAAUUUUCACAAACUGCAGAUAUUUUCUUAUGAAUGAAUAAUGACUCUAGGAAGUCGCCAGUCGGUGUGAACCGGAACAACACCGGAACAGAGAAGCAAACGUGUUGGAGCAUUGAAGAAAACACGCGUGUUUGCUUUUCCGUUCGCGAAAGGCGCGCAUUCAAAAUUGCACACAAACUACAACAACAGAAACAAUCGCUAUCCAUCCGAUUCAUCUCGUGUUCGAUUUUUGUGUGUAGAAAUUCACGUUCUAUUCUAACACAUUCUUAUACACUGCCUCCUAUUUUCCAAGCUUUCGCAUAACUUGUAUUCCAGAAACCGAAAGUCGUGCUUCAACGCACAUUUAGUAUAGAUUUCACUUUAAUUACUGUGUAGACAACAGCUAUAGCACGUUUUUCACAGAACACAGCUCACAAUUCAGUAGCAGCAUAAUCAUGUGGCACAACCAAAAUAGCCCCAUAAUAGCAUCGGUGGUAUGUUAGAUUAAACUCUCAUUUCUUUUCCCAAUCAUCACAUGAACCUUAUCUAUAGCGUAAAUCGGUAAAUGUCGAGCUUAGAUGUGCUAAAACUCUAAAUAGUGUAGUUAACGACAAAAAAGCACUUUAGCUGUAGUUAUGGUAGAGCCUCUCUCACACAAAAAAUUGGGCAAUUAUAUAGCAAAAGCUGUUGCCAAUCUUUAUCGUACUGCGAGUAUGUAUAUGUGUGUGUGUGUUUGUAGAAGAAUUCCAACAUAUAGAUGUGAGUGUGUGUAUGUGUAUUUUGCUGCACCAGAGCGCUGCUGAUUGGUUGGUUGUUGGGUAUAGCAUGCUGAUGACAUACCCGGCUAGGCAAAACUGUACAGAACUGCGCCCUCCCACAGCACGUACUUUUCUACAAUGGCCAAGCUUUAAAACCAGAGACAACUUUGACUCACCACCAUCCACACCUUGCCGACAAAAAGCAAAAAAAAGGGAGGGAAUAGUGUAGGAGGUGGUGUGCAAGACUCAAGGGGUAUCAUCUGAUCAUUCUCACAACACGUCUUCAUUGAUCAUCAACACAGAAAACCGCGGACAAAUCUACUAAUACGCGUGUCUCGUUUCUCGAUGUACCUCUAACGUUUUUUCAAUGGCAUUUAUCAUUCGAUAGGGCACGAGGGCACGAAGGUAGUAAAGACACAUCAAUCAUAUACUUAAACAGGUGUACUGUUUUUGUAUCAAUAGAGAGAUCGAGUGUGUGUGCGUUUUUUUACUACCAAUCUUUAUACACUUGAAUUUUCCAACCGCUUGCAGCAACUUCUCGUGCGUUCCCUAACCCUGUUAGCAAGGGAAGAUGGGGAAAGUAAUAUCAAAGUAAAAACAAUAAUAGAAAUUGGAACUCCUCCUGUUUUUGUAAGGGCAGUUACGUUACGCGAAUCAUUGUCUAAAGCUAGAAAACGAAUGUAACUCAUAACGCGAUCAACGGAUUGCCACCCCGGCAAACUAUUUACCUAGGAUCUAUCAAAACAAAACACACAAACACCUUGUAGAAAAGCAACCGUUUAACACAGUAGAAACGUACAACAUACACUCUCUAGGCAGCCUUUUUCUAGUGAAACUAUACGUAGAAAUCUUCCUUAAGGUCCAUAGCACGUAAAAUAGUGAUCUCGUACCUUCUCCUCACUCAUUUCGAUAGCGGUUUAUAUAGAAACAUCUAACUCACCCCAGAGCGCUCAACCACUCUCCUAAUAGCAUCAUCCUCAUCAACGGGUGUACGCUGUUGUUGUACUACCACAUAAUCAUGGAAAUAGAAUGCACUUUACGUAGAAUGCACCUGCCGUGUACGUGUACCCAUAAGCACACACACACCACAGAAUAGAUCACGUAGAGAGGAUGCUGCAUAGAAAGAAUCCUCCUUUUUGUACGACUGCGACUGUUUUCUAUUUUAUAAUUGCAUCUUUCUUGCGACUUUAGUUAAACGAUACUAUUUCUCUACCUAGUCUCUUACUAAUGCUCGGCUUAACGAGGUGGCUCUCGUUGUGGAAGCUUCGAAGGAAAAAAUUCUGAAAAAAUACUGAAAAAAACAAGAUCAAGUACAACUAUUUCACGGAGAGGAAUAGAAUGCUGUGGGAGAAAAUUUAGUUAAAAAUCAAAAUGAAACACAUCUUUAAGCCGGUAUUUUCACUAACGAGUGGAAUUGAGGGGGUGAAAAUGGAAAGCUUUUCCAUUGAAAGAAAACUCCUACUCUUACUGGGGAAACAUUUAUAAGCUAGACUUAAACACAGCAACACAAAACGAACAUCAAACGAAACCAAAGAAGUAUUGUUUUUUGAGA